AUGGUAUUAACAUUAUGGACGCUGACUACGACGUUAGUCGGAUCGAAUCUUACAUUGCUUUAUUAUCCUAUAAAUAUUUUAAAUUCAACUACACUAACAGAAUCUAAUAUAAAACUCCCGUUAUCAAUGUCAUUGAAAAUUAUUACUGCGAUAUUUAUGAUAUUAAUUGAUAUAAGUGCAUUUACUGGUAAUGCUUUAGUUAUUGCAGCAUUUUUUCGAACAAAACGUUUACAAACGGUAACAAAUUAUUUUAUUGCUUCGUUAGCAUACGCUGAUUUAUUAGUCGCCGUAUUUGUUCUACCGUUAUCUAUUUAUUAUUAUUAUCGUGAUCGAUCGUGGAAAUUAGGUUUAAUUUUAUGUGAUUUAUGGGUUAGUUCCGAUGUAUUACUAUGUACUGCUUCUAUAUUAAAUUUAACAUGCAUAUCGGUCGAUCGUUAUAUGGCCAUAACAAAACCGUUGACAUAUACUGCGUAUCGUUCAAAAUAUUUAGCACGAAUAAUGAUUGUAUGUGUAUGGAUUGUAUCCGCUAUUAUCACUUGUCCACCGAUAUUCGGAUGGAGAGAUGCAAACAGAAAAUCACAAGUCGAAAAGUAUAAUGAGUGUGAAUUAAAUACGGCUACUGGUUAUGUUAUUUAUUCGGCAUUGGGUUCAUUUUACAUUCCGGCAAUUGUCAUGAUAUUUGUUUAUGUUAGAAUAUUUAAAGUUGUUUAUAAACGUGAAAGUUUAAUUAAAAGAUUUCAUCAUCAUCAUCACGAUACAAAUUCAUUUGAUAUCAGCAACAAUAAAGCAUCGUUCGCAACACUACAAAAAGAUAUGUGCAUUAGAAAUGAUUUUACCAAAAAAUUGAAAGCUACUGCAACAGUUGCACAACAACGAAAAAUAAAUAAAAAAGUUUUGUCCAUAUAUUGUUGUUGCUUUUGUUGUUGUACAAACAAAAAAGAACAGCAAAAAACAAAUGGUUCGGUGGUUUAUCGUUUUGGUAAUGGUAAUGGUAAUGGUGGUGAUUAUUCAGGAAGUGAUUCUACCAGUGCACUAGAAACAAAUAACAUAUGUCGACCGUGUACAUUGAAUAUGACAAAAGCGAAUGGUACGCUUAAAAAUUUAGAUGAUGUCAAACAUCGUCGUAAUUAUUUUCGUUCCGGUUUUCCCACGGCUGUACCCUAUACAUUUCGUACCGGUGAUUCACCGUGUUUUGAAUCAAAAUGUUUUGAUUGUGCAGAUACUAUACAACAACUUUCGAUAAAAUGUCGAUCAACAUCAUUCGAAUCACAUCAUAUUGUCGAAGAUUUAAAUGCUGCACUUAGUCGA